AUGAGUGAGGAGUUUCUCUACUCGCUCUCCAACUACUGCAGCCUGCAGGGGUACGUCGGGGACCAGUUCGGCCUCGGCCUCAUUGCGCGUGCCGUCGAGGAGAGCAUCGCCGCCCUCAAGCCGGCAGGCGCGCUGCUGAUGAACAUGGGCGGCCGCCCCGGCAUGGCCGUGUGCGAGCGCCUGUUCCGGCGCCGCGGGUUUGAGAUCCAGAAGCUGUGGCAGACGCGGGUGUUCCAGGCGGCGGACACGGACAUUCAGGCGCUGGUGGAGAUCGAGAGGCAGAGCCGCCACCGCUUUGAGUUCUUCAUGGGGCUCGGCAUGGGGGCCGCUACCACGGGUGAUGAGCCUAUCAGUGCGCGGACGGCGUAUGCGUUUGCCAAGGCGGGUGGGAGGAUUGCGCACGGGCUCACAGUGUUUGAGUGCCGCCUGCGCCAGCCCAACCACGUGAAGGAGCUGUUCCGGUGGCUGGCGCGCCCGGAGUACGCAGCAACGCGCAGUGCAGUGGACCUCGCAUUCACCUCCACCGCCGUGGCGGACGAGAAGACGCCCUUCCUCGCCACGCUGCUGCGCACGCUGCACCACGCCUCCCUCGCCCCCGCGCCCUCUGCCUCCCUGACCCCCUCGCCCCCCGCGCUGUGCCCGUCGGACGAGCCCCCUGCGGGCACGCUGCGCUUCCGCUCCCAGGUCGCCGGCUUCCUCCGCCUCUACUUCCGCGCCCCCCUCUCCGCCCAGAACGUGGUGGUGCUGCCCACGAGGGCCACAGCAGUGGAGAACAUUAUGCGCCUCUACCUGCCCGGCCUCGCCCUCGUUGACGCCUCCCUCACUCGCCACCUCCCCCCCUCCUGGCUCGCCUCUGCCCCGCCUGAUGGCCCGCCCUCAGAUGCCGCCACUCACGCUCAGUCCACCCCAGUGGUGCUGGAGGCUCCCAGGCGCAGCGACCUGCUGCUGAAGCUGCUGCGCGCGCUGCGCCCGGCAGUGCUCAUCGCAGCACUCCCCGACUUUGAGAUGCGCUCGCCCACGGCGGUGCACCUGCUGCUGGCGGCCGCGGCGGAGACGCACACGCGCGUCUUCUUCGACAUCUCCGACCACCUCGAGCUCUCCAGUGUGCCGCCCAGCAACGGCGUGCUACAGUACCUGGCGGAGCAGGCGCUGCCGCCCCACGCGGGGGUGAUCUGCGGGCUGGUGCGCAACCAGGUGUACAGCGACCUCGAGGUGGCCUUCGUGCUGGCGGAGUCGCGGCCGCUGCUGGCGUGGCUGGCGGGCAUGGGCGAGCUGACGUACUUCAGAGUGGCGCGCAUGAAGCAGCUCUACUACGGCUGCCUGCUCGAUGAGCUCCUCUCCUUCCAGAUCCCCGACCGCCACACUGUUGCCGAGCGGCCACUGCAGGACGACCCGCCGUCGUCGCCCUUCAUCUCCAUCCACCCCAACGCCGCGCGCGCCUUCAACCACCCCACCCUGCGCACCCUCUCCCUCACCCACGCCCUCCCCUCGCCCUCCCCCUCCUCCACCUCCGCCACCACCGGCAGCGCAGCAGCAGCAGCGCAGACAGGGGCGGACCCCACGGUGCGCAUGGACGUGGGGUCGGGAGCGCUGCCAGCGCCAUCAGUGGUGCAGCCGCUCGUGGUGGAGGCGUUCGUGCGGCAACACCUCAGUGACGCCGAGACCGACCCCCGUGCUGAGAUCCUGCACUUGCUGCACCGUGAGUUUGGGGUGAGGGCGGAGGGCACCACGGUGGUGACAGGGGACGGGUCGCGGGUGCUGUUUGUGCGCCUCAUGGCGGCCUGUGCUGCCGAGGGCGGCACGGCAGUGUUCCCAGCGGGCUCGUACGGCACGUGUCUGGCGGCGGCACGCCUGUGUGGCUGCCAGGUCAACGUGCUGCCCGUCACCUCUGCCGAAGCGCGCUUCACACUCACUGCAGACCAGCUGGAGGCAGCGCUAGCAGGGGUGGCGAGGCCGUGGCUGGUGCUGUCAGCGCCGGUGGUGAACCCCACGGGGGCGCUCUACUCGCCCGCCCACCUGGCCUCGCUGCUGGCCGUGUGCAUGCGCGUGGGCACGCGGAUCAUCCUCGACUCCGCCUUCCACUCCCUCACCUUCCACCCUCAAUCCCACCUGCUCCUCGAACCCUACCUGGGCCGCACGGGGGAUGACGUGGAUGGGGAGGGAGAGGGAGAGGGAGAGCAGAGGGAGAAAGCACACGAGCACUAUGCGCUGGUGCUCAUGGGGGACCUGUCGCCUCAGCUGUCCACGCUGGGCAUCCAGUUUGCCUACGUGGCAUUCUGGGAUUCGUCCUUCAAGGAGGCCCUCAGCACCGCGGUGCCACCUCAUCGCACACUGCGCUUUGCUGUCAAGCGGAUGCUAUCCACCGAGGUGGCGGCUGAGCUGGCAGGGGAGAUGGCAGUACGGCGCGAGCAGCUGCAGCAGAGGGCGGACCAGCUCUGCCAGGUUCUGUCAAGCUGUGGUUGGGACCCCAUUCGUCCAGAGGGGGGAAUAUUCCUGGUUGCGCGCCCUACAGCUUACGAGGGCAAGCAGUUCACAUACCAGCCGCCAUCAACCAACGGCGACCAAGAGCCUCAGCCUAUCACAGUCACCCUCGAUAGUGUCAAUAUAUCCGAGGCUUUGUUCUCAUCGACGGGGCUGAUGAUCAACAACAGCGACUGGACGAGCAUUCCCGGCUACUGCCGCUUCGUGCUGCUCCUCGACGACCACCGCUUCACCCUCGCCCUGCAGUGCCUGGACAAGUUCCACAAGCUGGUGAUGGCCGGCGGCAGUGGCAGCGCGUGCGCGCAACGGUUGGACACGCCGAGCAACGUGAUGGGCGCAGUGCUGCUGAGCGCGAGCAUAUUUGGGCUGAUCGGCGCGCUGGCGCACGAGGGGUGCCUUGAAUUCCUCUUCCUCUGCUGCUCCGCCGCCCUCACCCUCGCGCUCUUGGCCUACUCAGCAUUCGCCCUGGCAGUAACAGCGCCGUCCCCCAGCGCCAUGGUGGGCGCGGCAGGGCAGGCGGUGUACGGCGUGGCGGGCUUCUCGCCGUGGCUGCAGCAGCUGGUGGCGCAGCCUGAGGCGUGGGAGGCCAUGCGCACAUGCCUGGUGUCCAACAGCUCCUGCCCUGCCCUGCCACCUCCUUGGGGAGAUGCUGGGGAGGCGAUGACAGGGAUACACAAUAGCAGCAGCAACAGCAGCAGUAUUGCAGCUGCAUCAGGUGGCUCUGGCGUGAAGAACCCAUCAGUCAUCCAGAGCGGCUGCUGCUUCCCCCCCGCCCCGUGCAGCACAAACACAGCUCUCUCCACGGCACCUAUCCCGUCACCUGCCCCAUCACCUGCGCCAUCAGUCACCCUCUCACCAGCAGCACCAGCAGCACCACCUGCACCCUCCGUGGCAAAGUCAUCGCACGCUGACAACCAUUUGCAACCAACCAUCCUGGCCACUGCUGUUCACGCCAAUUCCACAGCCUUCUCGGAUUGCACCAGCGCUGACCCAGGUGGUGCUGUGAGGUGUUUCAGCUGUGACACGUGCAAGGCAGCGCUCCUCAAGGUGGUGAGGGACGACCUCUCAUUGGCUGGCUGCGAAUCAGGCACGAGCAAAGGACGGACGGUCACGAUGAGGACGGAGAAGCUACUGACGGCGAUCGCCAACACGCUCAUCCUAUGCCUCGCGCUCGCCCUCAUCGGCGUGUCGCUCUACACCACGUGGAGCUCGCCGCCCAGCACGUGCCUGAUCAUGUACCAGACGCCGCUGAUGGCGAUCGGCGCGGCGCUGUUCAUCGGCGCGCUGGUGGGGCUGCUGGCGCUGGUGUGCGACAACGCGGGCCUCGUGUGCAUGCAGCUCGCCGUCUCCUUCACCGCCAUGUGGGCCCUCCUCGCCUUCGCCAUAUUCGCGCUGGUGGUGACGGGGCCGGGCGGCGCAUCAACGGAGAAGAGCCGCGGGUUCACGGUGUUCGAGCCGGCGCAGUUCAGCGCGUGGAUGCAGCAGCAGGUCGCGGGGGACCGCUGGGCUCCGCUCGCCUCGUGCCUCAGCGGCGCGCGCACGUGCGGAGACGUGCGGAACUACAUCGGGCGCAACCUCAAGAAAGCGCAGCUCUCCCCGCUCGAGGUAAGGGGUGAGGUGCGGGAAGCGGAAGAAUGCGGGUUUGCGGGGAGGGAGUGGGGGAUGGAGCGCGAGGAGCAGUGGAAACAGCCUAUCGCGGGGUGCUGUCUACCCCCCCAGGGCUGUGUGCUGGGCGGGCUGAACAUGUCAGCGCCCGUGUACUACUCCUUCGCCUUCGACCUCCCCACCAUGCCCAAGCUGCCCCUCCCCUCCGCCGACGCCGCACCCGCCGUGCAGCGCAGCACGAGCAACUGCAGCGGGUUCAGUGCGGAGCCGACCCAGCUGUGCUACAGCUGCCCGUACUGCCAGGGCGGGCUGCUCACGCUGCUGCGUGACAACCUGCGCAUGGAGGCCUUUGUGGCGCUCGGCGUGUUCAUCGCCGUGUUCAUGCUGCUGCUCAUCGCCUGCUUCGCUUACUGCGGCGCGCGCCCCGACGACGACGAGGAGACGGGCAAGGGCAAGAAGACGGAGAUCAGCCUGGCCAGGCAGCAGACGUUUGUGAUUGCCGAUCAGCCGGCAGCGCAGCUGCUGUCCGUGCCGACCUUCCAGCGCACCCUCACCAUGGGGGACGGUGGUGGCGGGCCUGCGUUCACCCGCAGUACGACCAUGUGUGACAACAGCGGUGGUGGCGCUGCCGCUGCGGCGGCGUCGAAUGCGCAGUUGUCGCGCACGCUGACACGCAUCGAGCAGGCUCUGGGGGCGGACCUACAGCAGUUCAAACGCACCAACACCAUGGCUGGUGGUGGCGGGGGGUCGGAGCAAAGGGAAUUCAACCGCACACGCACGUUCCAGUCGAGUGCAGAUGGGUACGCGGAUGGAGGGGUCGGGAGGGAUGCAGAGGGGCAGAAGGGGCGGCUGCUGGGGAGAAUAAACACACUGGAGUCGUCAAAGGGGUCGAGAGGAGGCGAGCAUGGCACUCACCGCAGCAACACGUCCAGGCGGGGUGAGGGGGGGUCGAGAGAGAAGCUUUCACAGAGUGGGAGGGGCAGACACCGGGACUAUGAUGAGGAGAGUGCGAGGGACUCGGAUUACAUGUCAGAGGAAGAAGAGUACUACGAGGAUGAGGAUGAUGUGGAGGAUGUUGACCUAAUUGUCGAACUCGCUGAUUUUGGGGAGCGAGCGGCUCGAGGUCGGGAUGUUGUGGACGCUGGGAGUAUGCAUGAUGCAGCAGCUGCCGACACAAGCGCUGCGUACUGGAGAGCCGCAGCUGCAGCCGCUGCUGCCGCGGCUGCAGCGUCGUACCUUCCGCAUGGACACGGCAACGCGCACGUGGCGUCUCAGGGACCCGGUGGUGUGGGAAUGACCAUGCAUGCGCCCAAUUUCCUCAUGCCACAAGCUUCCGCCGGUCACAUCCGGUCGCCUGCCCCGAACGCUAUCGCUGCGGGGACCAUGGCUGGCCUCGCCUUCUCCUCCUCCGCUGCCGCCGCCGCCGCCGCUGCGUCCGCUGGCGCGGCGAUGAUGCAGAACUCGUUGUCGAUGCACGCGCGCUUCUUCCCGUCUCUCCACCCGCACGCGGGCCUGACGCAGCACCACCAGCUGCACCAACUGCAGGCGGGGAUUCCAGGCAUGGCGACACCGCAGGUGGUGCUGGGCGCGCACUCGCAGGCAUCCCUGCCGCACAUGGGGCUGCUUCCCGCCCAGCAGAUGGCCAUGCACGGGCAGCCCGGCAUGCUUCCUGGCCUGCCGCUCGCCUCCGACCCCAACUAUCUCGCGGCGCACCACCUGGCCCAACAGCAACAGCAGCAGCAACUGCAGCUGCAACACGAGCAGCAGCAACAACAACAGCAAGUCGCGGUCCUGACUCCCGUUCCGCCUCCUCCUUCGGUUUUACUGGGCGGUGCGCACAAGGCGCACAUGCAGGAGACGCAGAUCCAGAAGCAGCACGAAGCCCUUCCAGCACAGCUGCAGCAGGUGCAGGGGUCGCAGCAACAAGAGCAACAAGCAGGCGACGCCACCAAGGGCCCAACAAACGGAGAGUGGGGGGCCAACGACGGCGACCUCGCAACCAAGGUGCGGAAGCCGUACACGAUAACGAAGCAGAGGGAGCGGUGGACGGAGGACGAGCACAACAAGUUCCUGGAAGCCCUCAAGCUCUACGGCCGCGCGUGGCGCCGCAUCGAAGAGCACAUCGGCAGCAAGACAGCCGUGCAGAUCCGCAGUCACGCGCAAAAGUUCUUCACCAAGUUGGAGCGCGACGGCACCUCCGCCGCCACGUCGCAGAUGGACAUCGAGAUCCCCCCGCCGCGCCCCAAGCGCAAGCCCGCGCACCCGUACCCGCGGAAGGCGGGCUCCGCCAGCAGCUCCCAGCCGCAGGCGCCACAGCGGCAGAACAGCCAGCACAGCCUCUCCAAGGCGCUGCAGCAGCCCGCUCCGGCUCUGCUCCCCCCUCCUCCCCCUCCUAAGGCUCUGCUCCCCUGCAUGAAGCAGCUCCAGCUGCCACACCCGCCACCGCCGCCGCCUCAACCAAAGCAACGUGUGCAGCCGAACCAAGCGGCAGCAGCGCAGCAGCAGGCGGUCGCGAGAGAGAAGGGUAAACACAAGGUCCGGCAGGCAACCUCCCAGCAGCGCGCAGAGGCAGAGGAAUCAGAGCCGCAGCAGCAGCGGUCGAGCAGGCAGGUGUCGCAGGGGCUGAGCUCGCAGCGCACGCAGUCGCAGACGUCGCGAUCGGCGCUGCCCGUGUCGUCCGACCAGUCGUGCGGCAACCAGCGCGCCGACGACGGACAGGAGUCCAAGUACGUCUUCUCCGCCCCCCCCGCCGCCGCCGCCGCUGCCGCACCGCACAGCAACGCCAAGGCGGAGGCCUGUGCGCAGCCGCCCGUUUUCACCUCCCCCUCGCCGCUCGCCUCUCAGCGCGACGCUGCUCGUGGCGACGCGUGCGUGUCGCCGUACUCGUCGCCGCCAACGGAGGGCAACAGCGGCGCGCGGCAGUCGCCGGACCAGCGCAGCACGCUGAAGCUGUUCGGCAAGACGCUCGCCACUCCCCCCGCCAUGCCACCCCCUCCCCCACCCCCAGCUGUGCCGUCCGCACCCCUGCCUCCCUCCGCUCCCCGAAGCAUCAACCCUCUUGCCAGCGCGUCCGGUGCCGCUGCCGCCUCCAUGUCGCCCGACGGCAGCCCUGCGCGCUCGCCGCCGCUCCACCCGCCGCUGCUCUCCCUUGCAACACCCCCCCCGGAUGUUGCUCCGCCCUCUGGCGCGCAGCACUGGCGCUUCAAGCACUCGCCAGGUGAAGGCGGCGCAACCGACGCACAAAAGGCGGAGUGCAAGGAGGAGGAAGAAGAGGAGGAGGAGGAGAAGGAGGAGGAGUAUGAUGGGGAGGAGGAGGAGGAGGAGGAGGCGGACGAAGGACCGCCCAUGGUGACGCGGUCGUUGUCGCUUCCAGAGCCGCGAAGUGCCGCCGGCCUCGCGGAGGAGUCGCAGGGGCUGUGCCUCUCAGAAAGGCCGCACGCCGCGCCAGCGGCGCACGGCGAGCGGAUGGCGGAGGCAGGCGCACGAGGCCGCGCGGAGCAGCGGGGCAUAGCGGUAGCGCAGCGCGCGAUGCGGUCGUUGAGCGUGACGGGGCACGACGUGUCCACUUCAGCGUGCGGCAGCUUCUCUGAGCGCUCCGUGGUGCUCGAGUCGGGCCUCUCCGUCGAGCCCCACCCCGCCGCCACGCCGCUGCCCCCGCCCGCGCCGCAGCGGGCGGACCGCGGCGGAGCAGCACCGCCAGCGGCAGCAGGCGCGCACCCGAUGACUCUGGGCGGUCCGCGCGAUGCUGCGCGCGCUGCUCCCGGCUCUGCUGCUGGCGCCUACGGCCACGCGCAGGGCGGCGAUGCAAUGCGCGCGGGAGCAGCCACGGGUGCUGACGCAGGCACGGGAGCGAGCCUGAGCGUGGCACAGGCGCCGUACAUGUUCGCGUUUCCUGCCGCCCCUGCCGCGCCCAACGCAGCAGCAGCCACAGCCGCAGCAGGCACGGUUGCCAUUGCGGGGCUCAGUCCGCCGGAGCUCGAGAAAGCGGCCAUUCCCGUAGAGGCUGGAGCGGAGGCAGGACGAGGAGAGGGGGAAGCGGCAGCGAGCGAGGCGAAUGAAGGGGCAGGCGUGGGUGCGGUGGAGGGUGGUGUGGCGAGUCCCACGCACGUGGCGUCCGCGUCGGGCGUGCACAUGGCGUCGCAGUGGUCGCCCUCCCUCAUGUCAUCCAUGGCCGGCCUCUCCAUGCUCAACGCUGCUGCUGCCGCCGCCGCCGCCUCCGCAGCCGGCGCCAACACUGCCGCCGCUCCCCAUCGCCCCCCCUUCGACUAUGGUGCCGCUGCCGCUGCCGCUGCCGCUGCAGCAGCUGCGUCAGCGCGUGGCUCCACCACUUUCCAGGAAGCAGCCACGUCGGCUCAGAUGGCCGCAGCUGCCGCAAUGGGCCUGCAGUUUCCCGGUUGUUUCCUGCCGGGGAGCGAGGAGGCGGUGCAGCAGCAGCAGAUGCUGUUCCCGACGCCCUUCCCCUUCGUGGACUUCCACACGCCCGGCUUCCACCCCAUGCACCACCCGGGCUACCUGCUCUCGCCCUACCGCGCGCCCGUGCCACACCCGCACUCAGCGGCGGCGUUCCAGACGUUCGAUUCGUACCUUCGUAUCUAUGGUCCCGCCUUCGCCUCCAUGGGCGCCUCCUCCUUCGCCGCCUGGCACGCCCCGCGCCCGCAGCAGCAACAGCAGCAACAGCAACAGCAGCAGCAGCAACAACAACAGCAGCAAACGGGCCAUCCGCAGCUGUUAUCCGGUACUCACAGUGCUGCGGCUGCCGCCACAGCUGCUGCAUCCGCUGGUCUGUGGCCCAAUCUGCCCGGCAUGGCAGCAGGCCUGGCGCCGUUCCUCCCAGCUCCGGCAGCAGCAGGUGGAGCGGGCAGCCCUGCCAAGGCCAUUGAGGCAGGCGCGGCAGGCGCAGUUGCAGCUCCUGUCGCUGGGCCUCCACGGUUCGCCACCGCAGCUGCACCUGCAACAACACCUGCUGCCGGCAGCGCUGCCGCUGGAACGAGCGCUGCUGCUGCUGCUGGCGCGGUCGCCGCCAAUGGCGCCCCCGUGGAUGCGCAACUCUCAUCGCCGCCAGCGCCCCCGCGCACGCUGUCCGCGGGCGACGACCCCGCAGCAGCCGCCAUGGCCGUGACCAUGGCUGCGGCGUCCGCAUGGUGGGCGCUGCAGGGCUCCAUGCCGCCCGGCGUCUUCCUCCCCAUGUCGCCCGCGCAGGCCUUCCGCCCUCCAUUCAACAGCGCUCCCCCUCUCCCUGCUGGCGCCGCGGCCGCCGCUGCGAUGCAGAUUGGGUGGCCGGGUGCAGGGGAGGGGGAGGCAGGAGGGAACGGUGAAGGCGCGGGGACGGACGCGGCAGGUGCGGCUGGCGGUGGUCCUGGUGGCGCUGCUGGCGCUGCAGAGGCGGGCUUUGCCAAUGCCACAUUUGCAGCACCCGCGCAACAGCAACAGCAGCUGCAGGAGCAAGAGCAGCAGCAGUGUGAAAUGGGGGGAGCGGUGGAGACGGGUGAUGACGGCGGCGAGGGGUCGUCGGGCAAGGCGAUUCCCGAGGGCGCGCAGGGCAAGGCGGAGGCGAACGACACCGCGUACAGCGCGUCGCAGAGCCAGGGCGGCGACGACGCCCUCGGCGACAACGACGGCGACGAUGCGCGUGCGGACGAGGAGGAGGAAGAGGAAGAGGAGGAGGAGGUGGGCGGAGAGGCGGGCGAGGGGGAAGAAGAGGGGGGGUUUGUGGCGCUGGUGAGGAGCAGCGAGGUGGAGGGGCAGGAAGCGCUGCGCCUCAUGGCCAGCGAGCGAGAGGCGCUCGCCGCCAUGCUGCAAGGCGUCAACGCUGACGUGGAUGCUGAUGUGGAUGCUGACGUGGACGUUCAGGAGUCACAGCAGACGGUGGUGGGGUCGUCGGCGCCGACAGGAGCCAGCAAGGCGCUGGACUCGAGCAUGGGCGCGGAGCAGGGCGGCAGGCGGGCAUCGUGGCACGGGCAGGGGCAGGGGGACGCGCAGGCGGAGAGGGAGGCGGGCAAGGCGCGGAGUGCAGGGGAUGCGCGGCCGCUCGCGCACGGGCACCGGUCGCAGCAGCACGGGGGGGCAGCAGAGGGGCGGGGCAGGCGGCAGCGAGGGCGGGCAGGGGAGGAGCACACCGCCAGCGGCCACGGUGGGCACGGGCACACGCCUCAAAAGGAGGCGCAGAGGAGGGCGAGCGACGUGCAGAAUGGCGCACAUGGCGUGGUGUUGGCAGCGGACGAGCAGCAGCGAGGCAACAACGCCCGCUACUCCACUCCCCAGCUCCCACGCAGCCCCCCUAGUGCUGCCGCCGCUGCUGCUGCAGGCAUUCCUAGGCCUUUCGGCUUGCCUGCCAGUCCCACGGACAAGCGUCCUGGCGGUGGUGCUGGCGGCGCUGCUGUGAAUGCUGCCACUGCCGUGGCCGGUGCUGGUGCUGCCGCUGCUGUCUCGAAGCAGGAGAAAUGGAGACUGCCCCGUGAGAGAGGGCGCACGGGACAUGCACAGGCGCACGAGCAUGCACACGCACCGGCGCACAACCAUGGCCACGGGCAUGGGCAAGCUCAUGCGGAGCGCAGAGGGCUCAACGCGAGUGGCGCAGCGGCGGCAGCAGCAGCGGGCGCGGCGGCGGCGGACAAGAGGGAGCAGUCGAACCUGAUCCGCAAGCUGCGCUCGCUCGAGAAGUUCAAAGUCCGCCACGCCACCGCUGCCCUCACCUCCGCCACUGCCGCCGCCAGCGCCACUGGCGCUGCGACUGCGGCGGCUGACGAAGCGAGCGCGAAAAUGAGCGCGUGCGGGCCCGGCAUGGGCGGAGAAGGAGCGGGCUCGGGCGGAGGGGAGGGCAGUGGCGGGGAAGGGAACGAGGGGGCCACUGAGGGGCUGGGCGGAGGAGGAGAGGGGAGAGUUGCUGGUGUGGAAGGCGAUGGGACGAAAGCAGGGGGAGGCGAGGGAGCAGGAGGGAAGGAGGGCGUGGAAAUGGCGGGGGAAAACGAGGGGCCGCGGAGAAAGCGCCUGCGCGGACACUCGGUCAGUGGCAGCAACACACCGCCUCCCACUACGAGACAAACUCUGCCCUCCGGAGACACGCCUGUGCCGGCCGAAGGUGGUGCAGGGGAGGCAGCAGCGGCGGGAGAGGGAGCAGAGCAGCAAGGCGAGGUGCGCGCCACCCCAUCGUCUUCAGGCAGUCGCGGGCAGAACGGCAACGGCGGGGGCAGUGGCAGCGGCACCAAGCACGAGGGUGGGGGCGGGCCCGAGGGCUCAGGGGAGAAUGGGCCUAGCUCCAACUCGUCUGAGUGCGGCAACGAGGCGGGCAGGGAGCGGCUGGGCGGGUCCAGUGACGGCGGCACGAGCGAGCGCGAGGCGUGCAAGCGGCGCGAGCGAGACGUGUCUGAGGAGGGUGCCACUGCCAAGAGCGCCGUGAAACGACUCCCUGGCGGUGAGGCUGGCGGGGAGAGUGAUGGGAAGGACGUGGAGGGGAAGGAGCAGGAGGUGAAUGCGGAACGUGGCGAGGAGGAGGAGGAGAAGGAAGACGAGAACAAUGAAGAGGCAGGUGCUGGUGGGCAAGCCAUGGAGGCGGAGAGAGUCGCGGAGGAGGGGAAGGCGAAUGAGAUGGAGCGAGGUGUUGCGGUUGAGGAGAGGAGCGCCAAGCGGAGGAAGGUGGUGGCAGCGGGUGCAGGCGAGGAGGGGUGCUCGCGAGUGGUGGGCGGGGCACCUCAGGGCAGCAGUGCACCCACUGCAGGCAGCAGGUCACACACGCCCCUCAGCCUCUCCACCCCGCACGCCCUGCUGCUGGGGCUGGACGCCCGCCAUGCAGGCACGCGUGCCGAGGGCCAGCAGCACAAGGAGGGCGGCGGCGACACCAACACUGCUGACGGGCUGGAGCAACUGCAGCUGCUGGGGAAGAAGCGCAUUGGGGUGGUCAGAGGAGUGAGUGGUGGUGCGCGCAAGGGCGAGGAGGGCGAGGAGGGGUCAGCGAAUGAAGCGAGAGGCAGUGCUGCUCGGCCUGGGCGCACGGAAACGUCUCAAGUGGUGGGCGCCGGGCGCCGCGAGCUGAGAGGCGACGGCCAGUCCGUCUUUCGACCGCUGCCCAUCCUCCCCCCCAAGGUGACGCCCCCACAUGCCCCUCCUCGCCUCCUCCCCCCUCCCCCCUCCAAACCUGUGGCCCCACGUGCGUGUGGGGUCGCGCAGGGGGAAGGCCCUCAGUUGGUUGCUGCUGCUGCUGGCGUUGCCGCUGGUGGCGGUGGCGGUGAUGAUGGUGGUGGUGAGGCCGUGAAGGGUCAGGAGGGAGAGGAGGCACGUGCGGUGGUGAGAGUGGAAGCGGAGGUGGGAGGGCAGAAGGAGCAGGGCGAGAUGAGACAGCAGCGGAGAGGCAAGGAGAAGCGGGCAUCGAGUGGUGGGGAGGCGGUGCGACAGGAGAGUCGCAAGCAUGGGAGGGACGAGAGUAGGGAGGGAGAGGAGUGGAUGACUGACAGGAAGCAGCAGCAUGUGCACCAGCACCAACACCAACACCAGCAGCAGCAGCCGGCGAGCAGCAGCGGCGCGGCGUCGCUGCUAGCAGGCAUGCGCAUCGUGGGUCCAUCUCUGCCCAUGCCGUCAUCCCCCACGGGUGACCCAUCGUCCAGCAACAGUGGGGGAGCGGGAGUGCACCACCACUUCCACUACCACUACCACAGCGCUGGCAGCAGCGCUAAGCACCGGCCCUCCUCUUCCACCAAGCAACCCACCACUACUGCCGCCGCCGCUGCUGCUGCCAUCGCAGCUGCUGCUAAGGUUGAAACCAUUGCCUCUGCUGCUGCCCCUCCUGCCGCCCUUAGCGCUCCCUCAGGCCCGGAAACCCCGAGCCUGAGGUCUGGAGAGGGUGGGGAGGGGUAUGGGGGGAUGGUGCAGUGCAGCAAGGGGGAGAGCAGUGACGGUGGGGAGGGGGAGGGGAAGGAGGGGGCGGGUGGAGGAAGGGGUGGGGAGAGCGGUGGUGGCGAGGACAAUGCGAUGGCUGAUGAGGAGAGAAAGACAGCUGCCUUGCUGCAGGCUGACGCACGGCACCCAUGGAACACGGAGAGUGUUGCGGGCAUGGAGCGGCAGUGCAGAGAGCAAGGGCCCGGUGAUAUCACGGAGCGGUUAAUGCGCAGUGUGGGUGGUGACGGGGCAGGCAAGCACAGCGAGCGGCACCGGGCGCGGCAGUACGAGCACAAGCAGCAGAGCGCUCACCGCUUCCACCCGUACAGCCCUCACAAGGAGCGCUCCGAGCAGCGCAGCGCCCCCGCCUUUGGCGCCACUGCUGCUGGCCUGCCCCCCACAGAGGCCAACGUUGACAUGGGCGAGGGUGAGGCCAAGCAGAUUCAGCAAGCCUGA